AUGUCCAGAAUCAAAAUUAAUAAGCUAAGAAUGAUAGGGUAUUGGAAUUGGUUGUGUGGCGAUGAUCUUUGUAGUAUUUGCAGUGAAUCAUUCGAGCUAACAUGUCCCCAAUGUUUGAGGCCAGGAGACUCAUGUCCACCCGCAUUUGGCGAAUGUGGCCACUCUUUCCACCUUCACUGUAUACAUGAAUGGCUUUCACGUGCAAGAAAUGACUCUGGAAUGUGCCCAAUGUGCAGAAGAGAAUUUAAAUUUCAAUCUAACCCCAAUAUCCUGCAGAACACAGGGGUUAUGACGCUUGCCUCACACGCAAGAGGUCACGGGUUCGAUUCCCGUUCUUCCUAUUUUAGCUUUGGUUAG